AUGGAACCCAUCAAAAUCACACUAACAACAACAUUCUUCAUUAUUAUAUUAGGUCUAUCAACACAACACAAACACCUAAUACUAGCCCUUAUAUGUAUUGAAGCAAUAAUAUUGACCCUAUUUACUAUACUAGUAACUUACACCGCAACCUCACUAGCCGUAUCCCACACCCCAAUACCCAUCAUCCUACUAACAAUCUCAGUCUGCGGAGCCUCCUUAGGACUCAGCCUUGUAGUCGCAACCACCCGAACACACGGAAGCGACUUCCUAAAAAACCUAAAUCUACUAUAA